CCUGCAGAAGGAGCUGAGACACUCCAUGAGAUUAAUUCAGUCACAUGCAGCAAACUGUGGCUGAUGUCAGGGUUGGAAUAACCCUGGUAGAAAGCACAAUUUACCUUGGAAACAAGGAUCAUGCAAAAGUCUGGAAUCUCAAUCCCCAGAAGAACGUGUGUUGCUUACAAUAUAUUGUUCAAAAGGAACAAGCAUUUAGAUAAUCAUAUUUUCAAAUAGAAAUUGUUCAUAUUUUAAUUAAGGCUUUUAGCAGUGUGAUGACAGAAUGUGGAAAAAUAAGGCCUUCACUGCAAGAGAGAGUUCUAGCAUCACUCAAAAGCAAUGGACCACAACAGGAGGUAAACAGAGCUUGAGAUAAUCAAACCUGGUGCCAAUGAGGGAACAAGGAUUCACUUGGCAAAGAAACACUUUUCAUAGACACAGAUUUGCUCAUCACUAUUUGAAUAUGGAACUACGAGCACAAACAUGGGAUAGUCAGAGCAUGUGGCUGCCAUGAUAAGCGCACUGCACCGACCGGAGUGGGUCUUUUUACAAAGCAGAGAAGGAAUUAGAAGAUGCAGGCACACCCGAAGAAAAUGUAAACAGUGCUGGAGAAGAGAAUUUGAACCACAGAAUAAAAGAGCUGGAAAAGUCAGAGCAACAACUGAAAGGUGUUCUAGAGGACUACAUGGAGUCAGAUUCCAUCCUAAAAAACAGGAUGAAAGAGCUGGAGCUGUCACACAAAACACUUCUUGUGAUGAUUGAUCGAUUGUAUGCAAAGCUGGACCAGGUUGAAAAUGCCAAUGUGCGCAUUAAAGGGAAACUGCGAGACAUUCAGGAGGACCUGAUCAGCUUGGUUGAAAACCAAAAGAAGUCAGAAAAGAAGCACAAGGAAAAAUUGCGUUGGCUUCAGGAGCAGCUGAAGACGAAAGAGGAUGAAAUAAAAAGCCAGUCAGAAUAUUUUGAGCACUACAAACAAAGGCAGAGACAACAGACAGAAGUACUGAGGAAAAGGGACUGUUACCUUCAGGGUGAGGUAUCUAGGCUGGAAAAGCAAGUCCUAGAUCUUAAUGCCCAUAUUGCUCUUUUGACAUCCAAGUUAGAAGAGGGAAUGGUGCAGCACCUCCAGCAGAAGCUGCAGUCAUUGUGCAGUGGGACUCAGGGCUUUAAACACCCUGGUGUGGAAGAAAUGGAGUGGAAGACUUGUAUUGAAAAUGUGGAGCAUGAUGUGAAAAGCCACCUCAAGGCAUUUCAGCAAAAACUGAAGUCCUUGAGGGAAAAAGAAGAGGACACUAGAAGAGAACAGGCAGACCUGCUGACUGAACUGCAGUUCUCUCAGAACUCUGAAGACUUUCUCAGAACAAAAUUGGAAGAAUCUCACCGUCACGUCUAUAGUUUAAAAUUAUCUGAAAUCAAACUACAGGAAAAAGUGGAAGAGCUUUUAGAUGAAAACAGAACUUUGAAAGAUCAAUGUACUGUGAAGUUGAAAAGGAGUAAAGAAAAAGACUCUGAACUUACAAGAUUGGUGGAUGGGGACAACAGGGUUAACCUGAAUGGAGAUCUAAUUCAGGAUGAAGUUCAGAAUCUGAAAUGGAGAUCAGUCUUGGAUUCGCACAAAAGCAGAGCUACUCAAACUCCAGUUGUGCUGCUCCAUGAUAAAGAGUCUGAAGCACCAGCCUGUAGCUGUGAUGGACGGAAGCAGAUGGAAGAGCUACCAGAAGAACUUGUACCUGUUUUGGAAUGUAGUUCCAGUGCCUUUGCGAAAGUUGCUGGUCUAGCUGAGACUGAGCAGGUCACCCUUGGACCACAGAGGGCAAAUACUCUAGAGGACAGUUUCACUUUGCUCAGGUGUACCCCAAGUCAUCAUGCAGCAGGACUGCUUCCCCCUUGUUCUGAGAAGUUACCCAAUGAUGAGACAAGUAAGGAAACCAAGGAUGAGGAAACCUUUUUUCUCAUGGACGAACACGCUAUAACUCUACCAGUGAAGACAUUUCAUGCUUCUGUGGUUGAAAUCUUAAUGAGGAAGAAGCUCCAACUCAGCUUGUUUGCAUCUGGAAGAUGCCACAUAACAGCUUUCACCACUGGGAAGAAAGUGAGGAGUUUGAGUUUCUGUGAGACGAAUACCGAUCUUUGGUCUGAUGGUCUUUGCAUUGUUGCAGAAGGAGGAUUUUAUGACAGAGCUACUGAACUUCUUCAUGGAAAGUUGCCUUCUGCUGUGGCUGAAAUUUUCACAAUAUCUCUAGAAGAAUGCAACGUGAAAAAACAUUGGGGAAACAAGCAAAUUCUGCCAAAAAGCGGCAGCAUGUUUGAAAGCUACUGUACGAUGAAAGAACAAGUCAGAAAGGCAGAAGAGGAACUAAAAAUACAGCAAAAGGAAUUAGAAAAAUCAAAAAAAGAGGCUCUGAAGUGGUACAGAGAACUUGGUUUUGCUGAAACAAGGUAUGAAGAAACCAAAACUCGUUUGAUGCAGGCUCUCUCAGAAUUAGAUUGCCUUAAGCAAGAACUUGGGGACAAAAUGCAGCGAAAACAGCACUGCAAAUUAAUGCCUGUGUACACAUUGAAGGAUGCCCAGGAAAAGGAGGUGAAUAAAAUAGCCAGUAAGAGAUUAGAGCAGCAAGUGUUGACUUUGAAAGCCCAGCUCAGGGACCAGGCUGCAUUACAAAAUCAGUUUCGUGACUUGCAGAAUGAAGUGAAACUCCUUCAGGCUCAGCUAUGUGAAAAGGAGAAAGAACUGCAGAAGAGAAAAUCUGAAGUAAAGUUGACUCUAGCUCCUCUGAAGGCUAAGCUGGCUUGCCUCACCCAAAAGUGCCAGGAAAGGAACAGUUUCAUUAGGAGAAUGUAUGAUGAAUUCCACAGGCAAGGAUUUAUUAACUCUGCCUUUGAUGAAGAGAUGAAGAACUUGGUAAAUGACAUGACCCUGGCAGAGUACAUGGUUGCUUUUACACCAAGGUGUGAUCAAGAGAUGCUGCCUUCCUCCAAAGACGUUUCACAGGCUAAUGGGCAGCCAGAGGAUCGUGUGGCACGGGCCAAAGGGAACAGGAUGACUGGGUCAAUAUCUGCAAACCCUCAGCCAGGGAUGGAUGGCCCCCACAGUUCUCCCACCACCCCACACGUGUGUGCUGGUUCUUCUGUUGGAGUAACAAGCCCAGAGGUCAUUGCAUUGAGAACUAAGAGAAAACCAUCGCAAAAAUUGCCAGGGAAGAAUGUAUCAGUCACACAGAAGAAGCAGUAGAGCUCUGAAGGAUGGAUGAAAUGUGGUUUUGGCCUGAAGGUGACUGCAGCUGC